GGAUACAAAUUUUAAUCGGUAGACACCAUUCGAUACCGGUGCGGAUACCAAAAUGCUCAUCCCCAUAACCACAACCUUAAUCAAAAUCGUAGAAAUCAGAUUCUUCGAAACCGUGAGGAUCGGAACCAGAGAUUGAGAGGGUUUACGAGGAUGGCGAAAUCUUGCAAGGGGCUAGCUAUGGAGCUCGUCAAGUGUCUCAGCGAAUCUGAUUGUGUCAAGGUUGAAAAUCGUUCUUUUAGAGAGUGCGCUAAAGAGAAGAGCCCCUUAAUUACUAGUGAAUGUGUUGGACUUAGAGAAACAUAUUUCAAUUGCAAGCGAGGCCAGGUUGACAUGAGAGCAAGGAUUCGAGGGAAUAAAGGUUACUAAUCAGACGUUUUUGUAGCAUGACUCGAGAUAACUCGAUAGAUGUUUUUGCACACAAACUAGAGAUUGCAGAUGAUAAUGUUAAGGGAUUCUUGAUUUCUUGUAAUAGGAUCGAGUAGUUUUUGUAAUGGGAUUGGAUUCUUCAUAUACAAUAAAUGUAUAUACAUUUUAAAACUUUGC